AUUAAUUGACCCCCUCUUGCUGUCUACUCUUAGCCCCUCCAAAAGCUCCAAAAUUUUCUCUCUCUAAAAAAACCCUUAUUUUCUCUCUCUAAAAUCUAUUGAAUUGAAAAAAAAAUUGAAAAUUAGUUGAAAAAAAAAAAAGAAACAAAAAAAAUGGGAUUGUCGAAUUUCCCAAGUCCAGCAGAAGGGGUUUUACCCGUGUUAGUAAUGAACACAGUAAUGUCAGUAGCAAUCCUGAAGAAUUUACUGCGGUCAUUUCUUCAAUUAGUAGGGGCAGUAAAUUGGGUUACGAGUAAUUUCGAGACGAAUCCAACGACAUCAACGGUAUCAGCAUCGACCGCGACAAUAACAACAACAACAACUAGUAUAAAUAGUACGAGGCGAUUAAGGGGUAUUUCAAUUACCCAGUUCAAGUAUUUGUGUGCUACCAACAACAAUAGUUACUGCGAUAAAAAUAAAAAUAUUCCAGACGAAGAUAUGAAAAAUGGGAUUGAAGGAGAGUGCUGUGUUUGUUUGUGUAAAUUUGAAGAUGAAGAAGAGGUGAGUGAAUUAUCUUGCAAGCAUUUCUUUCAUAGAAAUUGCUUGGAAAAGUGGUUUGAUAAUCAUCAUACUACUUGUCCACUUUGCAGAUCCAUCCACUAAAUUAAACAAACCUUUAAUUUUAAUUUUUUUAAUUUGGGGGAUAAUUUAGGUGGGUGGUUGAGGAUGAGGAUGACCACACCUUUUUUUUUUUUUUGGGAGACUUUUUGAGGAGCCUUUUUCUUUGAUUUAAUUCUCUUUUUUUUUUUUUUUUUUUUUUUUUUUUUUUUUUUUUUGGGAAGAGGGUUCCUUUUGUUAAUUUGGAACCCUUCAUUUUUAUUUUCCUAUGUUUUCCAGCAAAGUAGAGGAAAGAAAAAGAUGAAACUUUGCUGUUGUAGAUUUGUAGUGUGUUGUUGUGUGUUUGUUUAAAGCACCAAUAAUAUCAAAAAAAAAAAAAAAUGAAGGGUUCAAGAAUUUUUGCUGUAAAUUUAUUGUCUUAUAUUUUCAAUUUGUCAAAUUUACUACUUGGUACAAUUCGAUAUUAA